AUGGACGGGUACCACAGCGUCAAAAUUCUCUACACUGGUGUUGGACGGGUACCACAGAGUCGAAAUUCUGUGGAGUGGAGUGGUACCGGACAAAGUCGAAAUUCUGUGGAAUGGGGUCGGACGGGUCCCGCAGAGUCGAAAUGGACGGGUCCCGCAGAGUCGAAAUGCUGUACACUGGGGUUGGACGGGGCCCGCAGAGUCGAAAUUCUCUACACUGGGUCGAAAUUCUGUCCUGGGUGGGUGGUACGAGUCUCACAGAGUCGAAAUGCCGUAGCAUGGGGUGAUACGAGUCCCACAGCGUCAAAAUUCUGUACACUGGGGUUGGACGGGUCCCACAGAGACGAAAUUCUGUACGCUUGGGUUGGUCGGGUCCCACAGAGUCGAAAUGCUGUAGAAUGGGGUGGUACGAGUCCCACAGAGUCAAAAUUCUCUACACUGGUUUGGUACGAGUCUCACAGAGUCGAAAUUCUGUGGAAUGGGGUUGGACGGAUCCCAGAGAGACGAAAUUCUGUAGAAUGGGGUGGUACGAGUCCCGCAGAGUCGAAAUUCUGUACACUGGGGUUGGACGGGUCCCACAGAGUCGAAAUUCUGUACGCUGGGGUUGGACGGGUCCCACAGAGUCGAAAUUCUGUGGAAUGGGGUGGUACCGUCCGACAGAGUCGAAAUUCUGUGGAAUGGGGUUGGACGGGUCCCACAGAGUCGAAAUUCUGUACACUGGGGUUGGACGGGUACUCCACAGAGUCGAAAUUCUGUACACAUGGGGUGGUACGAGUCCCACAGAGUCGAAAUUCUGUGCAAUGGGGUGGUACGAGUCCCGCAGAGUCGAAAUUCUCUACGCUGGGGUUUGGUCGGGUCCCACAGAGUCGAAAUGCUGUAGAAUGGGAUGGUGCGAGUCUCACAGAGUCGAAAUUCCCUACACUGGGGUUGGACGGGUACCACAGAGUCGAAAUUCUGUACGCUGGGGUUGGUCGGGUCCCACAGAGUCGAAAUUCUGUGGAAUGGAGUGGUACCGGACAUAGUCGAAAUUCUGUGGAAUGGGGUCGGACGAGUCUCGCAGUGUCGAAAUUCUGUACACUGGGGUUGAACGGGUACCACAGCGUCAAAAUUCCCUACACUGGUGUUGGUCGGGUACCACAGAGUCGAAAUUCUGUACGCUGGGGUUGGACGGGUCCCACAGAGUCGAAAUUCUGUGGAAUGGGGUUGGACGGGUCCCGCAGAGUAGAAAUGCUGUAG